AUGUUGUUUGCUAUGAGAGAAAAGUUCAUGAAAUAUUGGUCUGACUAUAGUGUAUUUCUAUCUUGUGCUGCUGUUCUUGAUCCCCGUAUUAAGUUCAAGUUCUUGGCUUAUUCCUACUCCAAGCUGUAUGAAGAGGAUGAUGCCAAGCGUCGUCUUGCUGAUGUUAGAAGUACCUUGACUUCUUUAUUUAAUGAAUAUGGUAGUGUUGUACCUGUUCAUGAUAACUUACCCAAAACUAGUAUGUCAAGAACUUAUGGACUUGGUGCCUUUUCUGACUAUGAUCAGUAUGUGGAAAGCACGAGCACAUUUGAAGAGAAAUCUGAAUUGGAAUUGUACUUGGCUGAACCUACCAAGAGGUUGAAUGAGAACAUUGAUAUCUUGGAUUACUGGAGCAAGUCUGCAGCUAGGUAUCCGCAACUAGCAAGAUUGGCACGUGAUAUCCUUGUUGUUCCCGUGUCAAGUGUUGCAUCAGAAUCUGCUUUCAGCUUGAGUAAGAAGGUUAUAACCCCGAGCCGAGCCUCACUUAAACCAAAGAUGGUUGAGGCCUUGAUGUGUUUGCAAGAUUGGUAUCGCUGCAAAUUGGAGAAGAAAGAUGGUAAUAAGAGAAAGGCAGAAGUGGUUGAUCUAGAUGAUGAAAAUUCUUCUUCCGAUGAUGAAUAGUUCUUGCUAGAGCACUGAGAUGAGUAGAAGAUUCGGAGAAGGCAUGUCGAGAUGGCAACCAGUAGCUACUGGUCCUUAUUUUUGGUUCUAUGAAUUGGCCAUCUGGCAUGUAAUAAUACAUUUAUGCACUUGUGUUUCUAGAAACUCGAAAGU